GAGAAUGAAAAAUAUUAGUUUUUCUUUCACAUCAUUUUGUCGCGGACGGGAAAAUUUUUUGGUUGCAGUGGAAUUGAUUGUUUUUUGUUUUGUGAAAUUCUUAUUGGAAACUAACAAGAACUAAAAAAAUUAGCGAACAGUGUUGAAUGCAACUGCUGCAUUACCACUGCUAGCGACGGCCAAAAGUAGCCGCAACGCAGACAGUUUCUGGCAAAUCGCUCACAAAUUCACAGCACCGAACUAAGCGAAAAGCGAGUAAAAAUAAAAAAAAAAAAAUCAAAAACAAAAAAAAUAACAACAAACAGCAUGUCUUCGGUUACACAGCAUACGGGCAAUCAAGCGGUGCCGCAGCAAAAUGGUAAACAACAGUCAAAUGCUACUGGCACCGGUGGCGGUGGUGCAGCCACCACUACCAACAACACACAUGACAAAGUGAGCGGCGGCAAUGGGACAGCGGGCAAUGGUGGCGGUGGCGAGAACUCGAAUACGCAAUCUCAACAAAGUCCCACCAAAAAGACAGGUCUAUCGACUAAGGAGCGCGUCAUUGACAGCGUGCCGUUUCCGCCGAGUCGCAAACUAACAGUGGCCGACGUAUUUGAUGCACGCACUGGCAAGCCACAUCAUGACGUACUCAAGCAACACUUCAUACUUGAGGGACGCAUCGAGGAGGCUGCCGCUCUGCGCAUCAUUCAAGAGGGCGCCACACUGCUGCGCCAAGAGAAGACCAUGAUUGAUAUUGAGGCGCCAGUGACCGUUUGUGGUGACAUACACGGCCAGUUUUAUGAUUUGAUGAAACUAUUCGAAAUUGGCGGCUCACCCGCCUCUACCAAGUAUCUCUUCCUGGGCGACUAUGUGGAUCGAGGUUACUUUAGUAUUGAGUGCGUUUUGUAUUUGUGGUCACUGAAAAUCACCUACCCGAAUACAUUAUUCUUGCUGCGUGGCAAUCACGAAUGCCGUCACUUAACAGAGUACUUCACUUUCAAGCAAGAGUGCAAGAUUAAAUAUUCGGAACGGGUGUAUGAUGCUUGCAUGGAGGCUUUCGAUUGUUUACCCCUUGCGGCACUAAUGAACCAACAGUUUCUGUGUGUCCAUGGCGGUUUGUCACCCGAAAUUCACGAGCUGGAGGAUAUACGCCGUCUGGAUAGAUUUAAGGAGCCACCAGCAUUCGGUCCGAUGUGUGAUUUAUUGUGGUCAGAUCCCUUAGAAGAUUUCGGCAAUGAGAAAAAUUCGGACUUCUAUUCGCACAACUCGGUGCGCGGCUGUUCAUAUUUCUACAGCUACGCUGCCUGCUGUGACUUUUUGCAAAACAACAAUCUUUUAUCGAUUAUACGUGCGCAUGAGGCGCAGGACGCCGGCUAUCGCAUGUAUCGCAAAAGUCAAACCACUGGAUUUCCCUCACUAAUAACCAUCUUCUCGGCACCCAAUUACUUGGAUGUGUACAACAACAAAGCGGCAGUGCUGAAGUAUGAGAACAAUGUGAUGAACAUCAGGCAAUUCAACUGCUCUCCACAUCCAUACUGGCUUCCGAAUUUCAUGGACGUAUUCACAUGGUCUUUGCCAUUUGUGGGCGAGAAGGUAACCGAGAUGUUGGUGAAUGUGUUGAAUAUUUGCUCGGACGAUGAACUUAUGACCGAGGAGAGUGAAGAACCGCUAUCCGACGACGAGGCGGCGUUACGCAAAGAAGUCAUACGGAAUAAAAUUCGUGCGAUCGGUAAAAUGGCGCGUGUAUUCUCAGUGCUACGUGAGGAGUCUGAAUCUGUAUUACAAUUGAAAGGGCUCACACCAACCGGUGCACUGCCAUUGGGUGCACUAUCCGGUGGCAAACAGUCAUUGAAGAAUGCGAUGCAAGGCUUCUCACCCAAUCACAAGAUCACUUCGUUCGCCGAAGCCAAGGGACUGGAUGCGGUGAACGAACGCAUGCCGCCGCGACGCGACUCGACGCCAUCGCCAGCUGAGGAGGGACAAAAAUCAUUGUCAGCUGCCGCUGCUGCAGCGGCGAAUGCCAAUGCUAACGCCAAUGCGAAUGCAAUCAAUGGAUAAUUCUAAGUCCACAGUGUUUUAGUAGAUAUGUAGGCCAAGUGCCCGCACUCAACGUUACGUUUCAUAACAACAUUGUAUUUGUACUACGGGUAGUAAACAGUAAACGGUCAAGCGGAAAGCCAGCCAGAAGAAAAUAUAUGAUAAAUGAGAACAAAAGGAACGUAACUCUUAGGUUAAGGAAAGAAUUCAAAAAACAGAUUAGGAAAGAAAUAUCAAAAUGCAAGUUGAAUGAAUCGUGGAGUUGUGUCAAAAGUAUAACAGAAACAAAUAGAGAAUUAAACACGCAAAAACAAAAACAAAAAAUAUAAAAAUAAAAACAAACAAAAGAUGAAACAAAGCAAAUGAAAAGAAAUGCAUAGAAAAUUAAAUAAAUAUAUCUCGUCGUUGUUAUAUCUUCUCGUCCUACUUUUGAUGCACGGUUGUUGUACGCGCGCGAAUCAAACGAAAGUGACUCGAACUCUAUACGCAUUCGCAACCGAGAUUGCGUGUCCGCAACUGUAUUGGUGAGACCAUCAUAAGGUGGUCGUAUUUGUAUUUGACAAGUGAAUACGAGUACGCCAAGCUACUGAGCAGUUGAAGUAUGUGCAGCUGCACACACGCACCUACACCUGCAUAUUGUACUUAUAUACGUGCAUAUAUGCUGGUUUAUGGAGUAACGAGGCGUGGCGCGACGCUCCUAGCGACCGUCGUGUUUCACGUAAUGUUGGCGUAAACGCCGUGCACACUCAUCUGGUGAUCGUUUUGUGGUCUUAUACGUGCCAUCUUCAUUAUAGUCAUACAUACAUACAUAUGUAAUUGCUGCCUUUAUUUCUGUUCGCUCGGUCAUUAAAAUUUCCUCUAAGUCAUAAUAGGCAUUUUACAAAAAUGCUGAGAAAAGCGAUUCAUAUUUGUUUUGUAGUUGCCAUAUAGUUAACAAUUAUGUAUGUACAUAUGUACAUCUGUACAUCCUCAAACUUAGCUUUCAGUGAUGCGAAAUUAGUAUCUAUAAGAUGCGAACAUACUUACACGCCUGUAUAUACCUAUUUUACGUUCUUGCGCAAGAGAAGAGAAAAUUCAACUUUUGCAUAAAAAGUUAACUUCAAUGUAGACUGAAUUUUCAUGCUAAUAAAUGUAUCUACAUUUCACUUUUUAUGCAAAAACAAAAAAAAAUUGCUUAACUCGCUAUGUGAAAUUUAGCUUUGCCUUUGAGAUGAAGUCACAGUUUGAACUUUGAAAUUAGGCGCCGCCUUUGUGAUCAAGUCACAGUUUGAACUUUGAAAGCAAGCGCCGCCUUUAAGAUCAAGUCACAGUUUGAACUUUAAAAUCAAGCGCCGCCUUUUAGAUCAAGUCACAGUUUGAACUUUGAAAGCAAGCGCCGCCUUUGAGUGCAAGCGCCGCCUUUAAGAUCAAGUCACAGUUUGAACUUUAAAAUCAGGCGCCGCCUUUGUGAUUAAGUCACAGUUUGAACUUUUAAAUCCAGUUUUGCCUUUGAAACCAAGUCACAGUUUGAAUUUUGAAAUGAAGCGCCGCCUUUGAGAUCAAGUCACAGUUCGAACUUUGAAAUCAGGUUGAACUUUGAACGCAAGCGCCGCCUUUAAGAUCAAGUCACAGUUUGAACUUUAAAAUCAGGCGCCGCCUUUGAGAUCAAGUCACAGUUUGAACUUUGAAAUCCAGCUUUGCCUUUGAGAUCAAGUCACACUUUGAACUUCGAAAUCAAGCACCGCCUUUGACUUCAAGUGCCGCUUUUAUGAUUAAGUCACAGCUUGAACUUUGAAAUCAAGUGCCGCUUUUGUGAUUAAGUCACAGUUUGAACUUUCAAAUCAAACGCCGCCUUUUGUGAUAAAGUCCGGAGUGUAAAGUUUGAGCUCACAGCAACAAAUGUUUGCGCGCAAGUUAAGCAGUAUUUUCCACAUACGUACAUAUAUACAAAACGCAUCUUUUACUCGGAAAAUUUGCAAAUUUUGUUUGAGUUAAAGCACACUUUUUGUGCCUAAGGCCUGUAAUGUAUACUUUUGAUAAUAAGCAGUUUUUCGAUUCACUCUCUUUUCUCUCUAUUUACUCGCUCUACUCUCUCUUUCCUCUCUCCUUUCUCUCUCUCCUUUCUCUCUCUUCACUCUCUCUCUAUAUAUAUAUGUGUGCCUCUCCCUCUCUCUUUUUCUCUCUCUCUAUUUGCCCCUGAUUUACUUGGACCGAACCGAAGAAGAAUCUCGAAAUAAUCAUAAAGCUUAGCGAUUUUUAUUUUGAUAUUUUUAUAAUGGUUACAAGUAAUCUAUUGAUCUAAAAAGUAAAUAUUUAUAAAUAUGCACAUGUAAAAUGUAUGAUGAUUGUUAACCAAUUGUGAGGGGAUCGCAUUGAAAUUGUUUAGUUAAUUGUUAAUCAAUGAAUAGACUAUCAGUUAUUAUUUGAUUUCCUUUCUACGUAAGCGAUAUGUAACUAUCUAUAAAGAAUUUACUAAAAUUUUCUUAAAUAAUAUUACACUUACUUAUAACUGAAAUGUGAAUUUACAAUUAAGAUUAAAGCUAAUUAAAUAAAUAAAUAAAUAAAGAAAUAAAUGAAUAAAUAAAUAAAUAAGUUAAAUACAAUAUGUGCAAACUCACAAGAAAAAACAAAAAAGCAAAAAAGUUGAGACCAUCAACGCAAUCAGCAAAGCAAAUGCUAAGUUAAUAAAACAAAACCAAAAACAAAAAAAAAAAAAACCAAAAACAAACAAAAAAGAAACAAAAACAUGCAUACAUACUUUUUCAUUAAUUCAUAAUUAUUAAAAAUAAUAUAAAACUUAUAGCAAUUUGAAGUACUUUACAUUAUAGAAAUACGUACAUACUUAUAACUUAAAAUAUCGCCCAAGAGAACAGCAAAAAUACAAAACAGUUUAAACCAUUGCACGAAUACACAAAAUUAUAUAGAGAAUUUUAGAAACUAAGCGCUGCAAAACUCUACUUUCUUUUUUCAAUCUGAUCAUUGUAUGUCUGCUUCGGAAAUUUUAAAAUAACCGAUUUUUUUACAUUUUUUUAUUGCUCCUUGAAAACAAAAAAAAAAACAUUUAAAAAUUGAGUGAAAACAGAGUUUGAGUUUCAAUUGGUCCCAGAAAAGUAAGCAAAAAAAAAUUUUUUGUUUUUUCAAAGUUUUAAAUUUUAAUUUUGUUAAUAAAAAAUAAUAAAUCGGCAUUUCAAUUGAAUAAUUUUUUUCUGUUUUUUUCUGAAUCAAAACUAUAAACUUUUUAGUUAAAGUUUUGAAUUAAAACAGAGUUUGAGUUUUAGUUUGAAUUACUCCCAAAAAGGUAUGUAAAAAAUGUAUUUUUGAUUUUUUAAACUUCUCAUUGUUGGUUUUGUGAUUUAUUCUUCAAACAAAACAUUGUUUAUAAAUCGAGUUAAAACAGAGUUUGAGUUUGAUUUGGUCCCAAAUAAUAAAAAAAGUUUAAUUUUUAAUUUUGUUAAUAAAUAAUAAUAAAUUGGCAAUUCAAUUCAAUGCCUGCAAAUAUCUUCUUUUUUUUUGAAAUCUGAUCACUCUUCUUCUAAAAUUUUAUAAUAACCGAUUUUUUUCUGUUUCUUUUAUGCUUUUUGAAUCAAAACCUAGUUUAUCUAACUUAUCUCUAUCUUCCGAUAGAGUGAUUAAUUUUGCGCCAUCUUGUACAAAAAACCAAAAAGACAGACCAAAGUUUUUAUUUCCUCAAAGCUUCAAUCAGUUCUAUAAAAAUUAUUACAUUGCCUUUUCAACACAAAACUAUUUGUAAAAAAGUUCUGAAGAGGGAACACCACUGUGAUUUUUCAAAAAAAAAUCGAUUUGUUUUUGGCAUUUUCUUAAAGUAGAUAUAUUUAAAAAUAUGUAAAAAAAAAUAAACUUAAAAUCUUGAAGAUUGACAAAGUUAUACCCAAUACAAUAAGUGCAGGCAGUGAGUAGCAACGGCCAAUGAAAACUUUAAACGCGUUUUUCUCAAAACGAUUUUUCUGAACGCGGUGGACUCGAUUGUUCGAAGACUUAUGAAAAGAUUUUAAUUUUUUUUUUUUUUUGUUUUUUUAAUUUUUGUACAUGUAUUGGCUACAGUCGUCCAUAGCCGUUUUUUUAAAUUCCAAAAAUUAAUAUUUUUUCAAGCCUUUCAAUAACAAAAAAGGGUAAAAACACAAACUCAUUUUUCAAACCUGCACCAUUUUCUCAAAAAAAAAAAAAAAUACAAAAUAAAAACAAAACCGCCACGUACGACGAUAGCCAUUGAUGUAUAGAUUAAGUAUCCGGCAUGUGAAGACACGCCGCACGACACAACCACCUUUUCACAUACUCCAUCAAACCAACUCAUCUAACACCCCUCUCCCUCUGGAUCCAACCUGUCGAAACAGCUAGUUUCCUAGACCUACCGUUAGAUGAGCUAGACGAAGACGACCAGCGAUUACACUACACUGACAGGGCAACGUUACUACUGCAACACCAACAACAACAUGUAUAGAUUCAGAAUGUUUUUGGUUUUUUGCUUUCAGUUGAUUUUUCACCGCUGUAUCGUGGCCACUAGGGUGCAUCAGUUUUUUACGACGUCAUUGCAUUAAUAUUAAUAACAAUUGUAGUUUUUUAAAUUUUUUAAUAAAAAUUUGUGUCAGUAUAGUUGAAUAUAUGUUAAAUAAAUUAUAAUCUGUCCGAUUCGCAAACAAUCAUUCCUAUUUAUAAAAAAAAAUUCAUGAAAAUCGCUUAAUUUUCACGCGUUCACAGUGGUGUUCCCCCUUAAUAAAUCUAAUAUUAAAAUCCUAAAAUAAGUUUUUAAAUUUUUCUACAACAAAACAACUCGAUUCAUAUUAAGAGGGGAGCCUGCUUUAGAAGCUUCAAAAAAUCGAAUUUUUCGUGGAUUUUUUUGGGAAGGAAAGAAAUAUUCGAUUGUAACGAAACUCUCAGGUGUUGUUGUUAUAUAUUUCAGCAGUCUUCUCAAAUUUUUUCAUUAAAAUAUAUGUCAUAUUAUGCCUGGUACAAGCAUUUUGCCAAAGCGCCUCGAGUGUGCAUGUGUCGUGCGGCGGGAAAGAUGCAGGUCGCAAUUUUCAUCUGAAACCAAAAACCCCAAAAAAAAAUUUUAUUUUAGUAUAGUAUAGCUUCUAGUUAAACCAAGAAAAUUAAGCAAAAAGUGAGAAAUUCAAAAAUUUUUCGCUAAUUAAAAAAAAUUUAACAAAUUCACUUUAGAUUGUUUAAAAAGUGGGUUAAUCACAACUUUCUUAAGGUUUUUUAGGUUCAACUAGAAGAGAAUUUAAUUCCGAAUACAAUCUAUGUUAUCUCGUUUCGAUAGUACGUUUAACUUUUUGGCUUCCUUUCCCGCCAAUUAGGAAAAAUCGUAAAAAUAAAAAAACCGAGGAAUCUCACUUCGAACGAUCCGGCCGCUCGUAUGCCUGCUCGACGCUUGCUUACAAUUUCUUCUGUAACUCCGAAAAUAUUUUGAAUUUGCUUCUGAAAUUUUGAGUACACAUUCUUGGAUAGUUUGGGAAGACAUUUAUGCAAAAUAAAAAAAAAAUCGAUUUUUUGAAGCCUCUAAAGCAGGCUCUCCCCCUAACAAAAAAUUUUACCAAAUCAAAAAGAAUAUUCCGCAAUAUUUCAAAACCAAUAGAGAUUGACUUUAUCGUAAUUUCUGUGUGUGGAGCAAAGAAAAUUCAAAAACAUAUUUUCAUAUUAGAUAGAUAGAACUAUUAAAGCCUUCAACUCUUGAAUGGUAGUGUUGUUGUUGUUAUAGCAAGGAAUGCUGCUGAAGUGACAGUCUUUGGCCGGAUAUAAAUUCGGAUCGUUCCGGUUACGUAGAAUCGACUGUCGCGGGAAUGUGAAUGGUAGUACCGUACCAGGUGGUUGUUGUUGUAGCAGCAACAGCAGCUACGGUGAUAGUCCUUGGCCGGAUUGAAAUCCGUGCCCUUUCGAUAGCGUAAACUCAACUGUGGUGGGUGUUUCCAGGUAAUCUUGCAAGCGAUUGGCUGAAAACCUCCGCGGCAUGUACAACAACGCCUACGUUUUUGUUUAAUUUAUUUCCAAAUUCUAUUUUUGUAGUAAUUUUUCGUGCACUCAAAUAUAAAUUUUAAAUAAAUCUUAAGUUUCAAAUGAAAUUGAAAUGAAAUGAUUACCAGUACUUUUUUAUUAAUCCACUUAUAGUAAAACAGACAACAUAAAAACAAUUACCAAAUAUUCGCAAUAUUUCUUCAUUUCAAAGUAAAACAAAAACAAAAACAAGCAGCGAAUAAUGUUUCAAUAAAAAAUCAACAACAAAUUCAAAUAAUAUCAAUACAUAUAUAAAAAUAUAUAUAAAAAAAAAUACAUAUUAGGAAAUUAUUAUGAAAAAGUGUGAAUUCGCCAAAGCGGAAAGAGAGGGAUGCGGCAAAUAAUCGUUUACCGUUGAAACGUGAGAACUUACAUACAUACUUAUGCAUACUCGUAUAUACAUACAAAAAGAGUUUGAAAGAGAAAAUUCGUACUGUGAGCGGGAAAGGCAGAUUAUGUCAUACAUUUAAAAUUGCAAAGUAGCAGAGAGCACAUCUUCAUUUCUAGAUAAAUCUUAAAAUUUUUCAAUUUUAUUGUAAAAGUUACAUAUUAAUUACGUAUAUCAUAAAAAGCAAAAAAUAAAAAAAUAAAAUAAAAAGCAAAAAAUAAAAAUCCAAAGCAAAUUGCAAAGCAUCAAAAAAAGAAAAAUUAAGGAAAAAAGAAUACGAUUAUUAUAAAAAAGCAAACAAGAACAAAAAUGAUUAGCAAACAACAAAAUUCAACGCGAAGAAGAAAUUACCUUUCGACGGUAUACAGAACAUAAUGCAAUCCCUUAUAAAAUUUGUAAAAAUUUAAGUAACAAAACCAAAUUAUCAAUGUUAUUUGAAUAAAAUAAAGUCAACAACCAAACGUUUACAGACUACAAAAAUAAUAAAAUAAUAAAA